GGUGGAGUCAAGACAUUCAGAUGAUAAUAACAAUAUCAUAAAUAUAAUUCCAAUGUUAGAUGUAUUCAACAGAUUGAUGCUCCCUCUCAAUUCUCUUCAACAGUUGACCAUAGACGACUUUCCAUCUCUAACGUCUUUCCCAACAGAAGGCCUACCAAAAACCUUGAAAUUUCUCAUAAUCAGUAAUUGUGAGAAUCUAGAGUUUCUACCUCAUGAAUACAUGCACAAUUACACAUCGCUCGAGGAAUUGAAAAUUUCUUAUAGCUGUAAUUCAAUGACAUCAUUUAGCUUGGGUGCUUUCCCUGUCCUCAAGAGUUUGUUAAUUGAGGGUUGUAUAAAUCUGAAAUCAAUAUUAAUUGCAGAAGACGUGUCGCAAAAGAGUCUCUCAUUUCUUAGAAGCAUCAAAAUAUGGGAUUGUAAUGAACUUGAGGUAUUUCCCCCUGGUGGAUUGGCCACUCCAUACCUCGUUCAUUUUUCCGUGUGGAAGUGUGAGAAGCUUCCUUUACUACCAGAAAGAAUGCACGCUCUAACUGGUCUUCAAGAAAUGGCAAUUGAUAAUCUACCAAAUCUUCAAGCAUUUGUCAUAGAUGAUUUUCCUAGCAGCUUACAAGAACUGACUAUUGGUUCUGUUGGAGGGAUUAUGCAGAAUUACAGGCCAGCUUGGGAACAUUUCACCUGUCUUUCAGUGUUGCGAAUUAACGGCGAUGAUAACAUGUUGAUGGGGCAUUCUCUACCUGCAUCACUUAUGACACUAUGCAUCUAUGAUCUUAAGGAUAAAGUCAUUAAUAGGAAAUGGUUUCAACAUCUGAACUCUCUCCAAAAACUUGAAAUUGUUAAUGCUCCCAAACUCAAGUCGUUGCCAAAAGAGGGAUUGCCUUCCUCUCUUUCUCUACUAAGUAUCACUUGUUGUCCAUUACUGGAAGCAAGUUUGAGAAGGAAGCGAGGGAGAGAUUGGCGUAAGAUUGCUCAAAUCCCCUUCAUAAUCAUCAAUGACAAAAUGAUCACAUGAAUUUCCUGUCUAGAUCUACAAGGGCUUCAACUGUGAUUGAUGGCUUGCUCCGAGAUAGCGGCAGUGGCAUCUCAGAUUCAGAAAAGGAGGUAUAAACAAGUCUUCUGUUUUCUGAAAAUGUGUGUGUUUUGGCUUGUCUUGUAUUGGAAAGAUGCAUGUCAUAGAUGCUGCACAAAAUCAUAUAGG